AUGGUUUCCAGGAGUACUUCUACAACCAACUGUGCCAGUUUCACCCAGAAUUGUAAUUCUAAAUUACAGGCUGCUUGGCUGGGGCUGAAUAUUUUCCUGUUUGUAUAUGCCUUCCUGAGAUAUGAGAGGGCCAACAAGUACUACUACAAAAGAGAAAUCCUUGGAUUUUGCUGCUGAACACUGAGAAAGCAAUUGGAUCAUAGCCUCACCUUCCAUAAGUUGGUGGUAUAUAUGAUCUGCUUACACACAGCUAUUCACAUCAUUGCACACCCGUUUAACUUUGACUGCUACCGCAGAAGCCAACAGGCAGAUGGAUCCCUUAUUUCCAUUCUCUCCAGCCUAUCUCAUAAGGAGAAAGAGGGAGGUUCUUGGCUAAAUCCUAUCCAACCCCCAAACCUGACAGUGGAAUAUGUGACAUUCACUAGCAUUGGUUUUACUGGAGUGAUCAUCACAGUCGCCCUGAUUCUGAUGGUAACUUCAGCUAUGGAGUUUAUCUGGAAGAAUUAUUUUGAGGUCUUUUGGUAUACUCAUCAUGUUUUCAUCAUCUAUAUCCUUGGCUUAGGGAUUCAUGGCAUUUGUGGAUUAGUCUGGGCAGAGGAGAGCAUGAAUGAGAGUGAUCCUCACAACUGUGCAGAGUUUUUUGAAAAGUGAGAUGGUCAUGAUUCCCACUUUAGGAAACAGGCUCCCCAAUUUGAAGGGCACCCCCCUGAGUUAAGAAUAUUAUGGGUUCUCAUGUGCCCAUCCACAGUUUUGGAAUUGCAGAUGAAUAAGUGUGGCUUCAGCAUGGAAGUGGGGCAAUAUAUCUUUGUUAAUUGCCCCUUGAUUUCUCUCCUGGAAUGGCAUCCCUUUACUCUGUCCCCUGCCCCAGAGGAAGACUUCUCCAUUCAUAUCAAAGCAGUGGGGGGCUGGUCAGAAAGUCUCAUAAGGGCUUUUAAACAGCAUUCAUCAAUUCUCAGAAUUGAAGUGGAUGGCCCCUUAGGCACAGCCAGUGAGGAUGUUUUCCAGUAUAUAGUAGCUAUGCUGGUUGGAGUAGGAAUUGGGGUCACCUCCUUUGCUUCCAUUUUGAAAUGCAUCUGGUACAAAUUUCAGCAUGCAAACCACAAGCUUAAAACAAGAAAAGGUAUCUAUUUCUACUGGAUCUUCAGGGAGACAGGUGCUUUUGCCUGUUUCAGUGAAUUAAUUACUUCUCUGGAACAGGAGAUGGAGGAAUUAGGCAAAACGAGUUUUCUAAACUUCCGUCUUUACCUCACCGGAUGGGACAGCAACAAUGCUGGUAAUGAAGCAUUGAGCUUUGACAAUCCCACUGACAUCCUGACAGGUUUGAAACAGCAAACCUCCUCAGGGAAACCAGUGUGGGAAAAUGAGUAUUCUACAAUAGCUACUGCCUACCCCAGGUAAUCUGUGGUGGGAGUUUUCUUAUGUGGUCCUUGGACUUUGGCAAAGAGUCUAAGCAAAUGCUGUUACCGAUACUUCAGUCUGGAUCCUAGGAAGGUUCAAUUCUACUUCAACAGGGAAAAUUUCUGAAUUACAGGAACAAAGAUGGUUAUCUGUAUCUUGUGUACCCUUUGAAUCUCCUGUCCCGACCCGGGAGGACAGCCGAACAG